CUAAUGAUAGUGGAUUCUCCAACUCCUCCUCAAACUCAGGAUGUCUCUUUAUUUAGAAGGCCAAAAGUUUAUAUUAUUGGUGUUGGAAUGACAGCGUUCACAAAGCCGCUUACAUCUGGCAAGGAUUAUCCAGAAUUGGUUAAAGAAGCAGUUGGCGAAGCUUUGAGUGAUGCUGGUGUAAGAUAUGAACAAAUUCAACAAGGUUUGGGCUUUGAAGCUAUUUUUAACAAUAAAAAAUUAAUUUUUAAAGCAACCGCUUCCUACAUGUAUGGAGGAUCUUGUUGCGGUCAAAGAGCAUUAUAUGAAAUCGGAUUGACAGGAAUACCUAUAUUUAAUUUAAAUAAUGCCUGUGCAAGUAGUUCCAGUGGAAUAUUUCUUUGUAAACAAAUUAUAGAAAGUGGAAAUAUUGAUUUAAUGCUUGCUGUUGGGUUUGAAAAGGUUUUCCUUUUAAAAUUUUAUGGAGGCGGAUCUCUUUAUAAGAUUCACCUUAAUAUUGAAUACACCUCUAUUUUAGAGACGCUUUUUAAAAAUAAGGUUGGCCACUUGCUCUGAGGAAGCUGCCUAACCGAUUUUUAUUUAAGAUACCUCAUUAUAAUAGGGUGCAGAUAUCGAUAUCAGACUGUUUAUACUUAAAAUCGGGAGAUAAGCCGAGGUCCUCACAUCUUAAUUUUUAUGGAUACAGAGGCAAGAAUAGAACAUUUUUCAGUGUU